CUCGCGCAGGCGCGGUGCGUUGCUGUGGCCGGCCGGCCCCGCUGACCCUCCGACCCCGCUUGUCCCCGCGCGGCCAUGGCGGCCCUCCGGGUCCUGCUGGCGUCCAGGCUGGCGGCGAGCCCCCGCGGGCGGGCGAGCUUCCCGCGCGCAGCCCUGCACGGCUCCGCGCCGCGGCCAGGGCCUCGGGUCGCGCUGGUGCUGUCCGGCUGCGGCGUGUACGACGGGACCGAGAUCCACGAGGCCUCCGCGGUGCUGGUGCACCUGAGCCGGGCCGGUGCCGACGUGCACAUGUUCGCGCCCAGCAUCCCUCAGAUGCACGUCAUCGACCACACGCAGGGGCAGCUUGCCGAGAAGGAGACCAGGAACGUCCUGACUGAGUCUGCACGCAUUGCCCGUGGCAAGAUCUCAGACCUGGCGCAGCUCCGCGUGGCCGACCUGGAUGCCAUCAUCUUCCCUGGGGGCUUCGGGGCUGCCAAGAACCUGAGCACCUUCGCCAUGGAUGGGAAGGACUGCUCAGUGCACCGGGAUGUGGAGCGGAUCCUCAAGGAAUUCCACAAGGCUGGCAAGCCCAUCGGCCUGUGCUGUAUCGCGCCUGUCCUGGCUGCCAAGGUGCUUGGCACUGUGGAGGUCACGGUGGGCCAUGAGCAGGAAGAAGGUGGUCGCUGGCCCUAUGCCGGCACUGCUGAGGCCAUCAAAGCACUGGGUGCCCGGCACUGUGUGAAGGACGUGACUAUAUCCUUGGUGGGCCAGGCUGGGCUGGGGGACGGACGCGCAGAGGAUAGGCUGGGCUGUGAUUUUUCCCUAACACAUGCACGAAGCUCACGUGGACAGCAAGAACAAGGUGGUGACCACACCCGCCUUCAUGUGUGAGACGGCGCUGCAUCACAUCUAUGAUGGCAUCGGUGCCAUGGUGGCCGGGGUGCUGCAGCUCGCCCGCAAGUGACGUGUGUGCAGCCAGGACCCGUGCCAGCCGGCCUGUGCUCCGAGAUGGUAGUGAGUGCCAGAGAUGUGCCUUUGUAGAAGCAGCAAUUCAGGGCUGGUUCCCAUGGCCUGGUCCCUCUGCUCUGGCCCCUAGCCCUCAGCCACGGGACGUGUGCAUAGCCAGAGGGACAAUAAAGUGUGAGCCGAACUAUGA